CAAAACCCUCCCCAAAACCCUAGCCGCCGUUCCAACCAAAGCCCGCGAACUCCCAGCUCAGCGGCGGCGCCGGCGGCGAGGAGGGAAUUGCAGUCUUGCGAUGGGGAGCGACACGGAGGCGGAGAAGAAGAGGGCUCCGGUGGCCCUGGCCCCCAUCGCGAAGCCGCUUGCGGGCAAGAAGCUCUGCAAGCGGACCCUCAAGCUCGUCCGCCGAGCCUCUGAGGCCAAAUGCUUGAAGCGAGGAGUCAAGGAGGUUGUCAAGAGUAUUCGCCGGGGGAACAAGGGAUUGUGCGUGAUUGCUGGCAACAUUUCUCCCAUCGAUGUAAUAACUCAUGUUCCGAUACUCUGUGAAGAAGCCAGUAUUCCAUACGUAUAUGUUCCCUCAAAAGAGGAUCUGGCGACCGCCGGCACCACCAAGAGACCUACCUGUUGCGUGCUGGUGAUGACCAAGCCAGCCAAGGGGGAGCUGGAGGGCGAGGUCAAGGAGAAGCUCAAGACGGACUACGACCAGGUCACGUCUGAGGUCGCGGAGGUCACGUCGGCCAUGUUCUAAGCAAACCCACGGGGCCAACAGAAGCGCCGGCGUCUUUUCACCGUGACUUGGCCCUGUCUGUAACUUUGUACAAUGCCAGUGUGACCUAUCAGAUUAUCACUCGCCUCGCUGGACGAACCGGUUACAUAUGUGCCUCUUUUUUAUGAACUUGCUGAGUAAACCACCAUUUUGGGAGGAAAAUGCCAGAUCCUAGCAUACUAGCAGCA